AUGUCAGGAUCGUUACAAGUGACGCAGGCGCUGCAGCAUCAGCAGUGUCAGCAGCGACAGGAACAGAAGCAGCAGCAGCAGCUUCACUUUGAGAGCAGCUGUUACCUGAGCAGCAAGUCGUCUGUUAGCAAGCAGUCCUUCUCCAGCGUCAAGACCACCAGCCGUCGUGUGAAGACCAGUGUGAAGACAGCGAAGGGGCAGGAGGUGGUUAAACUCAGCCCGCUACCCAAGAGAGCCAAACGCACCUACCUGGCCAUGGACAAGGACAAGGAAGUCAUCGGCUAUGUCAUUCCCGUAUUCAGAGCCAAUCAUGAGGUUGUUCGUGGUCUGAUGGAGGCCCAGGAGGAGGACGUCACUGAAGAGGGCAUCAACUAUGUGGCCAUGAGGAACCUGUUUGUCAGGGAGGCCAAGGAGGCUAUGGAGGUUAGGGUGGUGAAGAAAACCAGAUCAACACAUAUCAGGGAAUCUGCUGAACGCAUGGACCUGGCCAGGACGAUGGAUGAGUGGACAGAGUUCCGUAAGAAAAUGAACCCAGACAGCCUGACACACGCUCCAGAGUUCAUCAUCAAGCCGCGCGGACAGACUGUCUGGGAGGGCAAGGACGUCAAGCUGCACUGCACUGUGGCAGGAUGGCCUAAGCCCAGGGUUGCCUGGUACAAAAACAAUGUGCUCAUUGACGCCAAGGCCCACCCCGAGAAGUACACAGUGGAGAGCAAUUACAACAUGCACUCCCUGGAGAUCAAGAACUGUGAUUUCUACGACACCGCUAAGUAUCACAUCUCUGCCCUCAAUGUGAAAGGAGAAGCUUCCUCUGUGGCUACUGUUGUUGUCAAAAGGUUCCAGGAGGGCGAGGAAGCAGGCCCACUUGAUCCUAAACCACAUGGUUUCUCUGCUGAGCAUGGCGUCACCUUUCUAACAACCAUCAUUGACAAGUUCGAAGUGGCCUUUGGCCGUGAGGGCGAGACUUUGAGUCUGGGCUGCACCGUCAUCGUUUAUCCCACUGUGAAGAAAUACCAGCCUGAAGUCGUGUGGUCCAGAAACGGUGUCCCCUUGAAGCCCUCUAAAUGGGUGCACAGCCACUGGUCUGGGGAACGUGCCACACUCACGCUCGUCCACCUCAACAAGGAAGAUGAGGGCAUGUACAAUCUGCGUGUCAACACCAAAUCUGGCUAUGACACCUACUCUGCUUAUGUGUUUGUCAGAGAUGCUGAUGUGGAGGUGGAGGGGGUCCCUGUGGCCCCCCUGGAUGUGCGCUGUCAUGAUGCCAACAAGGACUAUGUGGUGGUGACCUGGAAGCAGCCAGCGGUGGAGGGCAGCAGCUCCAUCCUGGGAUACUACAUCGACAGGUGCGAGGUGGGCGCUCACCACUGGACUCAGUGCAAUGACGAGCCAGUGAAGUACGCACGCUUCCCCGUCACAGGACUGGUGGAGAGCCAUUCUUACAUCUUCAGGGUUCGGGCUUUUAACAAGGCAGGAGUCAGCCGCCCGUCCCGCGUCUCCGAGGCCGUGGUUGCCAUGGAUCCCGCUGACAGAGCCCGCCUUAGGGCUGGUCCCUCAGCUCCUUGGACUGGAAUGAUCAAGUUCACAGAGGAGGAUCCCACUGUGGGCGUCGUCCCCGGAGAGCCCUCUGACGUUGUGGUUACUGAAGCAACCAAGAGCUACGUGGUGCUGGCCUGGAAGCCUCCAGUGCAGAGGGGUCAUGAAGGAGUCAUGUAUUACAUUGAGAAGUGUGUUUCAGGGACCGACACCUGGCAGAGGGUGAACACCGGCAUGCCAGUCAAGUCUCCCCGCUUCGCCCUGUUCGACCUGGCCGAGGGUAAAUCCUACAACUUCCGCGUGCGCUGCUGCAACUCCGCUGGCGUGGGCGAGUCCUCCAUAUCCACAGGAGAGAUCACAGUCGGAGAUAAACUGGACCUGCCCUCAGCUCCGGGCAAUCCAGUGGCCACCAGGAACACCGACACCUCCGUGGUGGUCUUCUGGGGGGCUUCUAAGGAAGUCAAGCACCUGGUGGGCUACUAUAUUGAAUGUUGCAUUGUGGGCACCGAUGAGUGGAUGCCCUGCAACAACAAACCUGUCAAGCAGACCAGGUUUGUGUGCCACGGCCUGACUACUGAAGCAAGCUACGUGUUUAAGGUGAAGGCAGUGAACGCUGCUGGAUACAGCCAGAGCUCCCCAGUCUCUGAGCCUGUGGUUGUGAGAGCCGCCAUCUCUGUCCCUGGAAAGCCCACUAACGUGACCCUGGUGGAGGCUGUUAAGGACUACAUGGAGCUGGCCUGGAAGGAGCCCGCUAACAAUGGAGGAGCUGAUGUUAGGGGAUAUUUUGUGGACUACAGGACCGUGAAGGGAGACGUUUUUGGAAAAUGGCAUGAAAUGAACCUCAAGGCACUGACUACUACCUCCUAUAAAGCUGAGAACCUGAAGGAGAACGUCAUCUACCAGUUCCAGGUGCGCGCUAUGAACAUGGCAGGUGUGAGUGUGUCCUCUCUGCCUAGUGCAGAUCUGGAGUGCAAGGAAUGGACCAUCACUGUGCCAGGUGCUCCUGUUGGUCUCCAUGUGCUGGAGGUCCGUGACACCUCCGCCGUGGUCCUCUGGGAGCCACCUGCAUUUAGUGGCCGCACUCCCGUCAAUGGCUACUAUUUGGACCUGAAGGAAACAUCUGCUGCAGGAGCCGGCUGGAAGGCUGUUCAUGAGAAGGUCAACAGGAUGAAAUACAUGAAGGUGACCGAGCUGAAGGCUGGCGCGUCCUACGUCUUCCGCGUCCGUGCUCAAAAUCUGGCUGGAGUUGGAAACCCGUCAGCAGCCUUGGGUCCGAUCCUGGCCCAGACUCGCCCUGGCACCAAAGAGAUUUAUGUGGAUGUGGAUGAUGAUGGUGUGAUCUCUAUGGUCUUUGAGUGCUCCGAGAUGAAGGAGGGCUCUGAGUUUGUUUGGUCCAAGAAUUACAAGACCAUGACAGACACAUCUAGCCUGACCAUUGUCACUGAAAAGGGCAAGUCCAGAGCCAUCUUCAACAGCCCCUCCCUGGACGAUCUGGGCACCUACUCCUGUAUGGUCACCAACACUGACGGCAUCUCCUCCAGCUACACGCUGACUGAGGAGGGUCUCAAGCGUCUUCUGGACAUCAGCUACGACCACAAGUUCCCUGUUAUUCCCUUCAAGAAUCAAAUGGCCAUGGAGCUGCUGGAGAAAGGUCGUGUGCGUUUCUGGACUCAGGUGGAGAAAUGCACCUCCGCCUGUCAAGUGGAGUACGUCUUUAAUGAUGUCAUCGUUUCUCAGGGAAAGAAAUAUACAAUGAACUUCGACCAAUCCAGCGGCAUCAUUGAAAUGUUCAUGGACUCUCUGGAGGUCACCGACGAGGGAACGUUCACCUUUAAUCUGGUCGACGGCAAGGCCAAGGGCACAACCAGCCUGGUGCUUAUUGGAGAUGAGUUCAGGGAGCUUCAGAAGAAAUCUGAAUUUGAGAGGGCAGAAUGGGUCAGGAAACAAGGUCCUCACUUUGUCGAGUACCUUGGCUUCACUGUUACUCAAGCAUGUGAUGUGCUGCUGAAAUGCAAGAUUGGAAAUGUCAGACCAGAGACUGAGAUCACUUGGUCUAAGGACAACAUUGAGAUUGCCGACGAUGAUGAGGACGCUAAGAAAAUCGAGAGAAAGGACGGCGAUCUGGCCUUUAAUAUUGGAAAGUGGGUUAUUAAGCAGGAGAAACCGACAGAAAAAGAAGGAAAAAAGAAAACUGCAGAAGAUGUUCCCCCGCCGCCAAGACCCAAAAUCUCCAAGACGGACACAGGUCUUUACGAGGUCUUCCUGAGGGACGACAGAGGCAAAGAUAAGAGCUCCUUCAGUCUGACUGAUGCAGGAUACCAAGCUGUAAUGAAUGAGCUGUUCAGGGUUAUUGCCAACUCCUCCACUGAAAUCAAAGUCACCAGUACUGAACAUGGCAUCAUCCUCUACUCCGAAGUCACAUAUUACAAUGAGGACCUGCGUGUUGGUUGGCUCCACAAAGAUGGUAAGAUUGCCGCUUCAGAGAGAGUUAAGUCCGGAGUCACAGGAGAGCAGCUUUGGCUUAAGAUCAAUGAGCCCACUGAGAAGGACAAGGGCAAAUACACCAUGGACAUCUUUGAUGGCAAGGACGGUGUGAAGAGAGUGUUUGAUCUGUCCGGCAAGGCAUGGGAAGAGGCAUUUGAAGAAUUCCAAAGGCUCAAGGCGGCAGCCAUCGCAGAGAGAAAUCGUGCUCGCGUUGUUGGAGGCCUGCCAGAUGUGGUUGCAAUCCAAGAGGGCAAGUCCCUGAACCUGACUGGCAAUGUCUGGGGCGAGCCGGCGCCUGAGGUGAGCUGGGUGAAGAACGAGAAGGAGCUGGUAUCUGACACCCACAUCAAACUCAAGUUUGAGCACGGCAAAUUCGCCAGCAUCACAAUCGACGCCGUCACCACAGCUGACUCUGGCAAAUACGCCCUCAUGGUCAAGAACAAGUACGGCACAGAGGCUGGAGAGUUCACCGUCAGCGUCUACAACCCGGAGGAGGAGGAGGCCAAGAAAGGCUAAAGGAUGAUGCAGCGUAAUGAAAUAAAGCAGAAAAACAAAGAACGACUGGGCUAUUUCCAAAGCAUUUUACCCCGGCACAUGCCGGUGCACUGAGCAGUUUAAAUAAAUGAUUAAUACAGCUGCUUCCUCCUGCCUUUUUCAUGUGCUGGGCUAAAGAGCUUUGGGUAUUGCUUGUCGAGGAAGCAAACAAUGAAAGUGAUACCGAGAGGAAAAUUGUGUGCUUUUAGUUGCUUGACAUGUCUUCUGUCUGUAAAUGUAUUGUUUAAUCAUGGUCGAGAUGGUUGACCUGUCAUUAAUCCUUGUUUUAGCAAUGAAGGCCAGCACAAGCAAGGUGCGGUUUUCUUUUACUAUUACAGUAUUACAUUUGGAAAACCUUUUGACCUCUGAAACCAAGUCAUGUCUGAGGUUUACACACUGUAAAAAAUAAAUUAAUUUAAUGAAUUUCCCACCAGCUAUUUGCUUUUUGUUGUUGGGCAUUGGAAAAACGUCAGAGGAUAUGUCACAUGCUCCACUGAUUAUAGCACUCAAUGUUUGAAUUGUACUGCGAGCAUGUUUGCUAUCUGACGUUGAAGUACUGUUUGCAUGUGUCAAUAAUUACAACAGUUUGUAGGAGAGGUAGAGCAGGUAAACCCUGAAGUCACUGAGAAUAGUGUGAUGACAACACAACAGUUAAAACUGCUCCAUGCACGGUAUCUCAUGCGGCCUACAAAGUUGUGUGCACAUUCUUGCAGGUAUAACUUGCAUUCUUUUGGACGUCUUUCAAUGGAAACUAUCAUUUGAAUGUCAGACGCCGUCAAAGAAAUGUAUUGAAUGUGGGGGAAUGUAGUAUUUCAAGUGCAACAUGAGGAAACCAUAAAGAAAAUGCCCUGCAGCAUUCGGUGUGUGUAAUUAACAGGUUAAACACAAGUCUGUUUUCCCUUCAAGGCACUCCUUGUAAUAAAAGUGUUCGUGCUUUAGAGAGGUUUCUCUUUGUCUUU